CUUCUUUUUAAAAUAAUUUAUUUUUUUAUGAUAUUGUGAUUGCAUGAAUGAACAAGAGCAGCAUUUACUUAACUUCUUAGCCUAGUAGUUAUUCAUAUUGUAAUAUGAGGUUUGGUGAUCUAUUAUUUUUUUAUUUGUUCUUCUCUUUCUCUGCAGGUUCCUUAAUCCCUGUCCUUUUAAAAAAACAGCACCUCAUUACAUCGGAAAAAAAAGGCACUUUUAAGAGCCACAUUUGUUUUGUAUCUUGUUACUCUCUCUACUGUUGUAUUGUGUUCUCUCUCUCUCUUGCUGUCUUACUGUCUCUCCCUCCCCUCUGAGUGGGGUUUUUGUUUGUUUGUUUUGUCUUUUUUGUCCCUGUGUGUUUAUAGUGUGUUUAUAUUUUGUGCCAUGUCUGAUCCUGAGAUGGACCGUCUCCUUAAUGAGAUGAGUGACCUUGUCGAUCAGGCUGAACAUCAAGCUCACCUCCAACAGCUCAUUAGCAUGCACCAGGAAGCAGAACCAUCCACCAGUCAGCCUUCCACCAGUAAUCAAUCCACCAGCCGGCCAUCAAACAGCAAGCAAGAUGUUAGGUGGAUUAAGAGGGACAGUGAUGGAAACAUUAUUUACGGCAGGCCCAGAUCAUCCCGGAAACAAGCACAGGUCCCAGUCACAGCCAGAGUCGAAAGACUGGUGUCUAUCAUAUCAGGGCUCCUGAAACCAGUGCGGAAAUGACCAGUGACUUUCCUUCCAUUACUGCAGAGUCCUUCCUUCAAGAGCUUAAAAGCUCGCUGUUUGAGGACAUACAUGAGGAUGAAACAGCACUUCAAGCCUCAACAGACUGGUUGACCCGAAGGAGCCUCAUAUCAGGGUGGUGGGAGAAAGAGAGACCCCGACUGGUCAACACCAUGGUGCCUCGACAACAUGCGGCAACUCGGAUCUGCCAACAUUGUGGAAAUGGUUCAGCCGUAAUCCGUUGUUGUGACUGCCGACCACACCCAUUCCUCUGUGGCCAGUGUGAUGUCAGGGUCCACCGAGGUCAGUUGUUCCACAACAGGGAUUCGAUGACACAUGCAUUCUUUCAUCCAUUGCCUCCCACAACUUGUGUUGUGGAGAGGGUUCUAACCCAGUGUGGUAAGCUGUAGUUUUCUUAGACUUGACUGAAAAACUGAUAGGUCGAUGAAGCCGUCAAGUACAUCUUGUUUAAAAUAGUUGCCAGUAAAUAAAUGUUAUUCUUUAAUGCUUAUCCAUGUGUUUAUUUUUUUUUUUUUCAAGAGCGUCUUGUCCCUUUAGAGAUGCCAGAGACAAUAUGCGGUUGUCGACGAGUAUCGUCCAGUGUCAUCGCAGGACAGUCCAUAGUUGUGGUUACAAUGAAUGGGCGAUAUGAUCUCAGAUUGCCUCAGAUUAGAUGCAAAGCAUGUGAAGCCACUUGGAGUCCUGGAGUGGAUGACCUGAUCCGUAAUGACUACUGGCCUGCCACCUUCUCACUAUUCAACUGUGUAUGCAACAGAUGUCCUUUUUUUCUUUUGAAGAGCUGAAGAUGGCAGCACCAGGGAUGUCUAGCCAAGCAUUUCUUAGAAUGCUGGAUCAACGCACUGUUCGCUUUGGCCGUAGCGGAAACAUCACAGCAGACAGCUUCCGGAAAAGCUUCUUGGAGUGGGAAGCUGUCCAAUUCGAAGUGGACAAAUUAUGUCAGGAGGACCACUUUGACUGCCCAGCAUGCAGCCCAGACAUGCUUGAAGUAUCCGUUGAUGGAAACCAUCGGAGGAAAAAGCCAUCUUUGAUGGCGUGUUCAUCGCGAAUGAUGAUGAUGUCGCAAGAUUCGUGGACCAUGUCCAUACCUCAACCAGUCAUGUCUCUGAAAGAGGUGUCUGUGGAGGGCAAUGGUCAGCGGUGCAUGAAACGUCUCAGAAGUCCUCAGGAAAAACAGACUAGGAGGGCCUGGAACUCGCUGUAUGUCGUCAUGGGGUUCUCUUUCCUGCCCUCAAUAUGUUCAGGGGGGAGAUUUUUGCCUACCCCCUGUACCUCCAAAAGCAAAUUAAGUUAAUUUUUUUGCAAUGGAUGUGGCAUCUCAUGAUUUCAAAUGUGAGGUAAAAUGGAGUGGAGCAUAUCAGGAGGGGGUUGGUUCGACUCUUGGGGAAGAGGUGGAGCAGUGCAACGCCUUCCUCUUGAGGAUUGCUGUUACGACAAAGCACAUGUCAAAAGCAGGAUACAUAGACAUGCUGACGAUCAUGGCCAUGCGCUGGAACCAACAAAAGUUUGACAACUUGGCUUCUACCCUUGCCCGCCGAUAUCGGAAGGCCACAAUAGCCCUGCAAUGCCAGUUGCAUAACCUGGAGGCCAUGAAAACGGAAAUGGACGUCUCAGACAAUCAACUGGAGAGAUGGAUCAUUGAUAUCAAUGAGUGGGCAGAAGCAACAACAUCCCCAAAUGAUGCUGAUGUUGCCGCUGUUGCCAGCCGAAUUGAGGAGCUGGUGGCAAGUGUUAAGAGGAGGUCCCAGCGUCUUUACAAGGAUAGUGACGGAUGCAAAGGACGUGCCCGAAUCCGCCGAAAGAUCAGGGAGGAAAAAAAAAUCUUAAAUUCUGUAGUGGAAAAGUACAACACCUUGGUUCCUAAUGCAGAAAAACUGUCAUUGGACACCAUUCUAUCUGACGAGAUUGUUUGGCCAUGGCAGCUUACACACGGUGACUCUGUAGAUCUAAGGACAAAGAGGAAGGCGUUCGACAUUGUGAUGGCAGUAAGGAGACUUGAGGAGGAGAAGAGGAUUCUUAUUGCAGAGAUGAACAAGCAUUGGAAGUCUCUUUGCUCCCGUGCAGACACCCUGAAGCAGAUGUCAUCCAAGCUUUCUAAUGUGACAUCAGGUGAGACUUGGGGCCUGCUUCAAGAUGGUAUCCGAGGUCUACAAAGCUUGACGAUGAAGAACAAGCGAGCAAGCAACAGCCUGGCAAAGCAUGCAAAGAAAUAUUAUGUUCAAGUUCUGACUGAAACAGAAAUUAACUUUGAUAGUGAUUCUGAGGAAUACCAUACCAGUAGUGACUCUGAGCAAGAUUAAACAUGGCCAGAGUCCUUUUUAUGCUGUUGUGUGCUGGGGAGGCAGCAUUAAAGAGAGGGCCGCUGGGACAGGUUGUUAAGGAAAGCUGGCUCUGUGUUUGGCAUGGAGCUGGAGUUAAUUAUUUAACAAACUGAGGAUAAUUUGCAGUAGCAGUCUUCUGUCAUGCUCAACAUUGAGGAGGUCCUUUGUCCCCAGGGCAUACCAGCAACUCAAUGUCACAGAAAAGGUUAGGGGAGAAAUUGACUUUUCAGCAUGAGUCUCACCCUGCGCCAACCAUUACAUCGCUUUGUCUAUUGUCUAGUAUCCACUAUCCAUUUGACUGUCUUACAGGCUACAUUAGCCCCUCUACACAUUCUGAACUGUGGUUUCAACAUUUACCCCUGUUGGCUUGUAUAAUCUUUUUUCUUUUUUAUAUAUAUAUUUAAGUUUCUGUUUUUCUAUCUAUUUUAACUUCCUUGUAUUGUUUUUGUUAAGCAAUACUAUUAUGCUCAGACUCUUUUUUCCAUAGUCAUAUUAAACAUGCACAGCUUUGCACUGAUUAAAUCCCUGCACUGUUUACUUUUGCACUACCACCACUGCAAAUCACUCUAUAGCUGCCCAUCAUGUAUCACAGGGUCAGUCCCUACCAGGCCUUUGUAAUCACUUGACAUGCUCUUCACUUUUUACAUUUGUGAUUUUUGUUAUGUGUCUGAGUUGUGUGU